UAAUUUUAAUACAAAAAGAUUUUUCUAAAUUUAUAUUUAUAUCGACAACGAAGUAAAAGGUAAAACUACAAUUUUCUGAGAAUAAAUGUCAAGGACACAAAAUUAGGUGAAGGUGGACGGGCAAGUGUUUUAUCUUUGUUUAGAGAACAGACUCGAUCAGUUUUAUUAUUGCAUUGCUCUCGUGAAGAUCAUAACAUUUGCACGUUCAACGUAAAAAUUUAAUUUAAUAUAAUUGACAAAAGAAAUAAAUUAUGUCUAUUGCGUCUACUUCGGAACUUGUAACUGAAGCUGCAGGUGUUAAAAUCUAUAUGACAGAAGAUACUGCAUUUACGGGAAAAGUUUGUGUAAUAUUGAAAAAUAUAAAAGAAACUAAAACACUUGGAAAAUCUUACGGAUUUCAUCUAACAAAAUCAAAGUGGGAUCCUUAUCCAUGGAUAAGCCAUAUCGAAACCGGAAGUCUUGCCGAUAAAGCUGGACUCAGAGCUGGCGAUUGUUUAGUUAGCAUCAAUGGAAAGGACCUAAUAGGAUUGAAAAUAAAACAAAUAGCAGCUUUAAUACAUCAUUAUGAAAAAUAUGAUUUAAAAUUAUUUGUUUGGAGAUACAUUAAUAAAGAAGAAAAAGAAAAAGAAACAGGUAUAGCUCUGAAAGGACCACUGCCAGAAGUGGCCUGUAAACUUACAAAUGCAAUAGCUGGAGUGAUACGAGUUUUAGAAUGUCCAGUUUGUUUGGAAAGUUCAGUGCCUCCAGUCUCUCAAUGUGUUCAUGGUCACAUUAUUUGUGCUGGAUGUAGACCAAGGACACCUCGUUGUCCGAUUUGCAGAGUUAGAUUAGGUCAAGGAAGAUGUUUGCUCGCGGACAAACUUUAUAAGAUAUUUGAGGAUAUUUUUAACAUAAAAAACAAUAUAUAUAAUACUGGAGAAUGUCAUACACGAAAUCUUCGAGAUUGGCUUUUUGGCAAAAAUAAAAAAAAGGAAUUAAUACAAACAGCAGAAAAAAAUAAUUUUACAAAUUCAAAAACGCACCAGUUAUUAUUAACCAAAUUAUUUCGUGGUAGAUUAGAGAAAGCUGCUUCAGCAGAUAAUUUAACAAUAGUUCGCAAUGAAAAAUUAAAUGCAGAUACUGCACAUAUAAAUCUAAAUCCUGAUGAAUGUACAAGUUUAUACGAUCGAACGAAAUCUGCAAGUACUGGAGAAUUGUCAAAGGAUGCUAUGAAAAAUGUUGAUAAUCAUUUGCAAAUUGAUGCGACAAGUAUAUCAAUGUCAAGUACUAAUAGUUUAACAUCUGAUACAUUUUCCAUACCAGUUUGGGGAAGUUCUAUAGACUCUAUAUCCUAUACUCAAAUAAUAUGUCCCCUUUCAAGACAAACCGGAUGUAAAAAUAUUAUUUCAUCUGAUGCAGUAUUGGAACAUUUGAGUAGAACUCAUGAAGUACCACAAAUUCAUUUUUAUUCUAUUUGUGCAAAAUUUCCACUACCUCUUCCAUUUGGUUCAGAAGCUGCUUAUAUAUUGCACUGUGGUGAAGAUCUCUUUUUCUUUCAGUAUGAAGAUGAAAUUGUUUGGAUUAGUAGUACCAUAGGAGGAAAAAUAUCAUGGGAAUGGACUUUGUAUGGUCAAGGACAGAAUGGUACUGAAAUAAAAAUUCGUAGAAGUGUCGCAAGUCUUGUAAAUCCUAUGAUGUUAACAUCACAACAUAUUGCUCCUUUACCAAAUGCUUUGUUAUUGUACACAUUAGACAUUCAACUAAUAGAAUGUCACUCACAUGAACAAUUGGGGAUGUAAAAUAUAUAUUAUAAAAAGUGUAAUAAAAUUGUUAUUAUUAUAAAACUAACA